CAGGCGCGGCCCUUCCCGGCGGGCUCAGCGCCGGCUCAUGGCGGCGGCGGCGCCGGGACGGUUUUAAAUUGAAGAGAAAAUGUCACUCUACGAUGACUUGGGGGUUGAGACCAGCGAUUCCAAAACAGAAGGCUGGUCCAAGAAUUUCAAACUGCUGCAGUCUCAGCUGCAGGUGAAGAAAGCAGCUCUCACACAAGCAAAGAGUCAGAGAACAAAACAAACCACAGUCCUUGCUCCAGUGAUUGACCUGAAACGAGGCAGCUCCUCUGAUGAGAGACAGAUCGUGGACACUCCCCCUCACGUGGCAGCUGGGCUGAAGGAUCCUGUCCCCAGUGGUUUUUCUGCAGGAGAUGUGUUGAUUCCCCUGGCAGAUGAGUAUGAUCCCAUGUUCCCAAAUGACUACGAGAAGGUGGUGAAACGUCAGAGGGAGGAGCGGCAGCGGCAGCGGGAGCUGGAGAGGCAGAAGGAGAUUGAGGAGAGAGAAAAAAGGCGUAAGGACAGACACGAAGCCAGUGGCUUUUCAAGGCGACCAGACCCAGAUUCUGAUGAAGAUGAAGAUUAUGAGAGGGAGAGACGGAAAAGAAGUAUGGGAGGAGCUGCCAUUGCACCACCCACUUCUCUUGUGGAGAAGGACAAAGAACCUGUAGCAUCAUUCCCAUAUGAGGAGGAGUCAAGACCUCGGGCACCUUCUUCCAAAGCAGCAAUUCCUCCCCCAGUGUAUGAUGAGCCAGAGAGACCUCGUUCCCCCACAGGACCCAGCAACUCCUUCCUUGCCAACAUGGGGGGGACAGUAGCUCACAAAAUCAUGCAGAAAUAUGGUUUCAGAGAGGGCCAGGGACUGGGCAAACAUGAACAGGGGCUCAGCACAGCACUGUCAGUAGAGAAAACAAGCAAGAGGGGUGGCAAGAUCAUUGUUGGUGAAUCUACAGAAAAAGAAACAGGCAAGAAGGCAGAUUCCAACCCCUUAACUGAGAUCCUGAAAUGCCCAACUAAAGUGGUCUUACUGAGGAACAUGGUUGGUGCUGGGGAGGUGGAUGAAGACCUUGAAGUUGAAACUAAGGAGGAAUGUGAGAAAUAUGGCAAGGUUGGGAAAUGUGUCAUCUUUGAGAUCCCUGGUGCCCCUGAUGAUGAAGCUGUAAGAAUAUUUUUAGAGUUUGAACGGGUUGAAUCUGCCAUCAAAGCUGUUGUGGAUCUAAAUGGAAGAUACUUUGGAGGCAGAGUGGUGAAGGCUUGUUUCUACAACCUGGACAAGUUCAGAGUGCUGGAUCUGGCAGAACAAGUUUGAUUUUAAAAAUCUAGCUCGAGGUGUCAUUGUUUUGGCAAUCAGGUUUUCAGCAGUAGGCUGGGAAUACAGAAGAGAAAAGCAGCUUUCCUGGCAGACUGGAAACAAGCCCCAUUGAAUGGAUUUUACACAUUCGUUGUGACUUAUGGUUUUUUGUAAUAUAAAGCCCUUUGAAAGUAA